UUUAAUUCGUUGUUAGAUUAAAAUCAUCGAAUAUUACACAGAACCUGAUUUUUCACUGACAUUCCUAUUUCAGUUCAAAUACAUAAUGCUGUUUUGUAAUAGUUUACGACCGAAACUUACAUUGUCGGCUACCAGGACAUUUUCAUGUCUGGUACAGUCAAAGGCUUUUAUAAAUGGCAAUUGGAUUAAUGCGAGCACUAAUGAAACGUUUGAGGUCAUCAAUCCUGCAAAUGGAAGAAUUGUUGGAUCUGUUCCCAAUAUGAAUGUCAAUGAUGCUGUCCAAGCCGUACAAGCUGCUAAGAAUGCGUUUGAACAAUCUGAGUGGUCUAAAUUUACUGCCAAAGAACGUUCGAGUUUGUUAAAAAAAUGGUUUAAUCUGAUUGAAAAAAAUGGAAAUGAAAUAUCUGAAAUUAUGAGUGCCGAAUCUGGAAAGCCAAUUAACGAAGCUCGUGGAGAAGUUGCCUAUGGCAAUGCUUUUAUCGAAUGGUUUGCGGAAGAAGCACGCCGUAUAUAUGGAGAUAUAAUACCGAGUGCAGCUAAAGAUCGAGAAAUAAUUGUACUAAAGCAGCCCUUGGGAGUUGCUGCGCUUAUUACUCCCUGGAAUUUCCCUUUGGCGAUGAUAACGCGAAAGGCCGGUGCAGCAUUAGCAGCAGGGUGCACUAUUGUUAUUAAACCGGCUGAGGACACCCCACUUACAGCUCUAGCACUUGUUAAAUUGGCGGAGGAGGCUGGUUUUCCAGAUGGUGUGAUUAAUAUUGUGACGACGAAUAAUGCCGCUCCCAUUGGGGAUUUGUUUUGUAAGAGUCCUGAUGUUAGGGGUAUAUCCUUCACUGGAUCUACAGAAGUUGGAAAAUGGUUAUUCCGAAAUUCCUCAGACGGAAUUAAACGAAUAUCAUUGGAAUUAGGUGGAAAUGCUCCGUUUAUUGUGUUUAACACUGCAAACUUAGAAAAAGCUGUUGAUGCUGCAAUCGCUUCCAAAUUUCGAAACUGUGGGCAGACUUGUGUAUCAGCAAAUCGCUUCUUUUUGCAAGAUGAAAUACAUAACAAAUUUAUCGAUUUACUAAAACAAAAGGUUGAAGCAUUGAAGGUUGGAGAUGGUUCAAAACAAGAUGUGCAAAUUGGACCGCUUAUAAAUAGCAUGCAGUUUAAUAAGGUUAGCUCAUACGUUGAAGAUGCCCGUUCCAAAGGUGGUAAAAUAUUAUUUGGUGGCAGACCUCUAGAAGACCUGGGAAAGCUUUUUUACUCACCUACAAUAAUCUCAAAUGUGCCAUCCAAUGCUAAAUUGUAUUCGGAGGAAAUCUUUGGGCCCGUCGUUUCAAUAGUCAAAUUUAAAACCGAGGAAGAGGUUAUACGAGCAGCUAACAAUUCCAGGCGAGGUCUUGCUGGAUAUUUUUUCAGUGAAAAUAUUCAACAAGUAUUUAGAGUUGCGAGACUUCUGGAAGUUGGUAUGGUUGGUGUAAAUGAGGGAUUAAUUUCUGCCGCCGAAGCACCGUUUGGUGGUGUUAAAGAAUCAGGCAUUGGACGUGAAGGUAGUCAUCAUGGUAUUGACGAAUACGUCGAAAUAAAAUAUAUUUGUAUGGGAAACUUGAAAUACUAAAGAUUACAGUUUUCACUGUUAAGCAAUGAAAUAAACCAAAAUGAAAUAUUCCUAGGUAAUAUUAUAUUAAGUAAUAUAUAAAUAUGAAUUGUAGUUAAAUUAGCAAAACUUAUCGAAGCAAAUUUUAGUUGUAUAAGUACAUAUGUUUUUCUAUAAGGUUGAAUUAGAGUUGCAUAACCAUAUCCAUUAAAAACAGCUGAUUGAACCAAAUUUACGGGCAACAUUGUUUCCAACUAGAUAUGCGUUACCAUAAAAAAAUGACCAAAACCAUAAGCAGAACUAAUAAUUGAAUUUUGAUUUUCCCUGCAACCUUAAAAAUUAGUUUGUUGAUUUUUUGAAGUUAUUAUUUUUUAUAUGUGAUUUAUUUGUCACUUUCGAAUUGAAAACAAAAACUACUAAUGCUUUUAUGGCUACGAAACCAAUAAUCGACAAUUGUAAAUAUCGUUACGGUUAUGACUAUAGUUAUGUUAUAGCACCUUUAAUUCAACCAAAUAUUUUCCAAUUGUCUUCCAAUAAAGUGUGAUUUCAAUCGCAAGCAGCAUUGUAUAAAAUAA